GAAGAAAGAAGCUGGCCGCAGGUUCGUUUUCCAGUAGAUAGGGUUGCUUGUUUGAUCCAUAACUUGAGUUUCACUCGUCCAAAUAAGUCGUAUAAGAUACCAAAAGAAAUAUCUCAAGACGAGGAAUCCGUGAAGGUCUAGUUUGCAUCAAUCGGAGUAGUGGAAGGCUUCCAAAUCGUCUGAGCAAAACACAACCUCGUAGAAACGGAUUUACUCUCCUAAAGAAACGAGUUCGCCGGAAAACACCCAUUCUAGGGGCUGUUUUCGUAUCAAUGGAUUAUGGGUGAGCUAGCACUUUGAGAAGUCCGUUUAGCACUCAUUUUUAGCAAGGAAUCAGUUCUUAAUCCAUCUUGACCAAAGCUUUGACCGUUGGAUGAAGAAGGAAAAGUUUAAAACUAAAUUAAGGUUGAGGCUAGAGCUUGCUUCCUGUACUCGUUGCUCGAGUGAUUUCCCCGGGGAGAAGACUUGGUUCGUGAUUCCUCCACUCUAUUUUAUAACAUUAAUGAACAUGCUCAUGGAUAUUUUACUACAGAGCCUGCGUGCUCGUGAAUAGCCCUGUGUGGACAUUUUAUUUUAAACAAUGUUUCCGCUGCAUUAUGAAUUACUUAUUAUGGUUGUUUAUGGAUGUUAUAUGUGUGAAUGAUAUUCAAGACGCUUUGUAUGAUAUGAAUGUGUUUGACUUUGGUUGACUAUUCGUAUUGUACGGCGGGUUGUUGACGUGUCUGGACAGGUCCGGGGCGUGACAGUACAUGACAAUGAACUCGAACGACUGCAUCGAUGUUGUUGCCGCUGCAACAAACGAUGUGAAUUUGUGGCACUGUCGUCUCGGUCACAUGAACGAAAAGGGGAUGAAGGAGUUGUGCUCGAAGGGCAAACUGUCCGGCCUGAAGACUAUUGAGGUUGGCUUAUGCGAGGGCUGCAUAUUCGGGAAACAGAAACGUGUCAGUUUCUCGAAGGUAAGACGAGCUAUCAAACCGGAGAAGCUGGAACUAGUUCACACCGACCUUUGGGUACCUGCAGAAGUUACAUCCUUGGGAGGAUCCGCCUGCUACAUGACCUUCAUUGAUGAUGCCACACGAAAGGUAUGAGUUUAUUUUCUCAAAAAUAAAUCUGAUGCCUUUGAUGCUUUCAGGAGGUCGAAAGCUCUUGUUGAGGCAGAGACAGGUCUGAAAUUGAAGUGGCUUCGGUCUGACAACGGAGGUGAGUAUGAACUGCAUGAGUUCAAGAAAUUUUGUGCUGAGAACGAGGUUCGUAUGGAGAAGACAACGAAGGGGACUCCGCGGCAUAAUGGCGUUGCUGAACGCAUGAACAGAAGACUGAAUGAGCGGGCUAGAUGCAUGAGGUUGAAGAGUGGCUUACCGAAGAUGUUUUGGGCAGAUAAGUGAACACCGCGGCUUUUCUCAUCAACAGAAGUCCAACGAUCUCGUUGGAGAAUGGCAUUCCUGAAGAAAGGUGGACGAGUAAGGAGGUUAAUCUGUCCUAUCUCCGCAUAUUUGGUUGUGUUGCUUAUGUUCAUAUCAGUUCCGUUGACCGAAGCAAGCUAGACGUUAAAUCUGUCAAGUAUACGUUCGUUGGCUAUGGUGGUGAUGACUAUGGAUACAGAUUCUGGGAUGAUCAGAAUAGAAAGAUUAUUCGUAGCCAAGAUGUGGUGUUCAACGAGCAGGUUAUGUACAAGGGCAAAUUGAGUGUUUCUGAUUCCGAGCAAGAUAAUCCAAAGAUCAUUGUGUUAGAUAUCUCUAAUUCGAGUGGGAGCAAUCAAGAUCAGAAUGAAGAGUUGAGCAGUGAUGAGGAUCCAUCAACCCCACCAAGGCAGUGUCCUGUCAGAAACCGGAAAAAGCAUAUAAGAGGUUGCUAUUAUGGGCGUGGUUGAGAGAUGAACAGAAGAAGACUUAAAAGUAUGGAAACUGGAAAAACAACACAGCCUCCUGCCCUCAGCAGGGAAGUGUCAGUCGGUUCCACCAAGCGCAGUAACAACAACAACAAUAAUGAAUUAUUAAACAAUAAUAGUAAUGAUG